UUAUUAAUUUUCUUUUUAGGUGAACAGAAAAAGAGUACAGAAAUAAUAGAUGUACUCAACGCUCAACUCCCAAAAACAAUCAAAUCUGAGACGGAAUUAAGUGACAACGAAUUUGAAGAUACACAUAAAAAAAUACCCAAAACUACACCAAGAACAGAGAUAUUAAAACACAGGAAUAAUAUUCGGGAAAUAUUGUUACAUUCUAAUGCUACGCCAAUCAGAAAGUAUGGAGGAAUUGGCUAUACUUGUUGCUUCUGUAAACAACAGUACACAAAACCAGCUGAUCUAAAAAAACAUACUUUGGACAUCCACAAAGACGUAAAUAAAGCCAAUUUUAUGAUCAACAUGAAUAUGUCAGAAUAUGUUGUGAAAUUAGAUAUAACGGGAUUAAAAUGUAACAUUUGUAAUGAUUGUUUUGUGACGCUCGAAGAUUUCAUCCGCCAUCUUAGAUUUUUGCAUAACAAGCAAUGGCACGAUGACAUUCAGCCUCACAUCUUUCCUGUCAAAUUUGACAGUGAGUUAUUCCACUGCGUAUUUUGUCCGAAUUCGUUCAGUAAAUUCAGAAUGCUUGUCCGACAUUUGCAUAAACAUUUCAGGAAUUAUAUCUGCGAGAUUUGUGACUCGGGUUUCGUAAAUCGGAACGCAUUGACUCAGCAUACUGUGAAUCACAAAACUGGAGCAUUUAAAUGUAAUUUCUGUCCUAAAGUUUACUCAACGCAAGUCAAAAAGCGACUUCACGAACGAACGUCUCAUACACAUGUUGAAGCGAAUAAAUGCGCGUAUUGCAACGAAACUUUCAAAGAUUAUAGAAAGAAGGAAGUCCAUUUAUCUGAAGAACAUGGUAUUGAAGCAGCCACAGCGGUUUGCAAAGCUUGCGAUAAAGUUUUUAGCAAUCGAAAGAUGCUGAAUAUUCAUAUAAAGAGAGACCAUUUAUUGGAAAGAGCUCACAAUUGCCCGGAAUGCGAUAAAAAGUUUUACUCAACAACUGGCCUUAAGAAUCAUAUGGUAACACAUUCGAAAGCGAGAGAUUAUCAGUGUAAGCUCUGUCUGAAGUUCUACGGGAGGAAGAAGACUUUAAAUGCGCAUAUGCGGGUUCAUGAGGAGAAGAAACUGCAGUGUGAACAAUGCCCAAUGACGUUCGUGCAAAAAUGGACUUUGAAGAGUCAUAUGAGGACAAAGCAUGGGGAAGUUGUGUGUCAGAGUAGUACAGAUUGAAUGAGUUAGUUAUAAUUUUGAAAUUUAAGACAAAGAUAUGACUUGAAUAUUUCUGAUUAUACAUAGAUAUAUGAUUUUGUACUUUGUCGUUUCAUUUGCGCUUGCUUAGUUUAAGAAACACGAUUUCAAGAAAUUUCGAAAACUUUAUAUUAAUAAGGACUGUAUUUUUGGAAAAGGCCUAAGGCCAGACUAGGCCACAAUUAACGAAAAUAACAAAUAUUAAAACGUUUUGACAACGUUUUUUCGUAUGGGGAUUCUUCUAAUGAUUCCGCCCUCUUUGGGUUGGGCGGAAAGAAAUGGCAGACUCUUACUAAAUAUGGCUCCGUUCAAAUUCCUUCCUUUGCCCUGUACUGGAGCGGUAACCCUUUUGGACAAAACCGCUGGCCCGGCAGACCAUCAAACCUAUAGUUGGAUAAAUAUCUGAUUUCAUUAUUUAGCCGGUAAAAAAUAUCCGUACCCUAAUCUUAGGGACAGUUCAAAAUACUCGUCCAUACCAGUGUCUUCCUUUAAUAAUAACUGUCUAUCUAAUACAUAACUCUAAUUUGUGCAAGUGAACUCAGUGCCGGUGUAAGGGCCACUGACA